AGUGAUUAAAAAGGUUGACAAAUCUGAGCAUUGUUCCAACCUCCCCAGGCCCUCCAACAUCAAACAGAAAUUUCUCCUUCCCAACACCAUGGACAGACAACUCAAGUGGGCUGAGAUCUUGGAGGAUUAUGAGGCCCGGGAGUCGUGGCGCCAGUCGACCACGUGGGGAGACAUUAUGGAUAAAGUGGACCCUUUCCCAGGACAAAGUUAUGAGAAUUGCUCCCCAAAGAGGAGCAUUGGGGAGUUGAAGCACUUCAGCGGAGUGAAGCGUCUCCAGGAGAAGCACCUUGUGAAGGAGAAAUGCACCAUGGAAAAGGAGCACCUCAUUGAGGUGCAGCGCCUUGCCAGGGUGAAGUGGCACACAGAGGAGAAGUGCCCCAGAGACAAUCUACUCAAGAACCGCCUCAUUGAAAAGCACCUCAUUGAAGUAAAGUGCUUCAGGGAUGAGAAGCGUCUUCACAAGGUGAAGUGUCUCGAGGAGAAGCAUCGGGAGGAGGAGAAGCGUCUUGCCAGGGUGAAGUACCUUGGAGAGGUGAAGCGUCUCCAGGAGGAGAAGUGUCUCAAGGAGGUGGAGCACAUCACUGAAGAGAAGCGCCUCAUUGAAGUGAAGCGCCUCGCCAGGGUGAAACACCUCACACAGCAGAAGUGCCUCAGAGACAAUCUCCUCAAUAAUGUGAAACGCCUGAUGGAAAAGCGCCUCAUUGAGGAGACCAGCUUCAUGGAGGAGAAACGCCUUCGUAAGGUGAAGCGUCUCAAGGAGAAGCAUCUGGAGGAGGAGGAAAAGCGUUUCACCAGGUAAAUUACCUCACCGAGGUAAAGCACUUUGCCAACACGAAGCGGGUCGAGGAGGAGAAGCGCCUCAUGGAGAAGACGCGCCUUGUUGAGGUGAAACUUCAAGAGGACGAGGAGCGCUUCAUGGUGGAAAAGCACGUCGUGGAGGAAAAGCACCUUGUGGAGCAAAAGCGCCUUGUGGAGGAGCAGCGCCUCGCCAAGAUGAAGCAACAGUGGCUCCGGACAACUACCACCAGCAGCCCUGCCGGCAGCACCACCAGCACCACCACCACCGCCGCCGCCACCUCCGCCACUGCCACCACCUCCGCCACUCUUGUGCAGGGCCCAAUUGCUCCGAGCUUUGGAGAAGAGGGCUUCCAAGAAGAGAAUGCAAACUCUGGAGCCACUGAGCCACGAUCUGAACCAGCGCAGCCCUCCUCCUCACUCAUCCAGGCCUUUGAAGCAAAGACAGAGGUUAUGGUGGAGACAAAGGAAGAGGUGAAGGAGGAGGUGAAGGAAGAGGCAGAGGAGGAGAAAUCAGAGGAAGAGAAGACAAAGGAGGACGAUAUUGUGAUGGAGACAAUGGAGGAGAACACGGAGGGAGAGGAUAAAGACAAUACGGAGGUGGAGGACCAGGACAAAACAAAAGAUGAACAGAUGGUCGUGGUGGGGGAGAUGAUGGAGAUGGACAAAGGGGAAACAAUGGUGGUGGAGGAGGAAGAGAAGAUGGUGGUGGAGGAGAUGGUGCUGCAGGAAGAUGAGGAGAUGAUGAAGGAGGAGAUGGUGGUCGGGAAGGGGGAGAAGAUGGAGAAGAAGACAAAGGUGGAGCAGGAAGAGGAGCAGAAGGUAGAGGAGAAGAUGGUGGUGGUGGAGGAUGAAGAGAAGGAGAUGGAGGAGGAUGAGACAGAGGAGGAGAAGAUGGAGGAGGUGCAGGAGGUGGUGAUGCACGAAAAGAAGAGGAAGCGAGGAGGCUUCGUUCACAUGGCGAGAGCAAUCACCUCACUCCUCCGCCGCGUGCUGCUUUGUGGCGGCAGGUCCACCGCCCAGUAGGGGUAGUCGUGGAUUGGUGCCAACCAUGACCGCUAUCACCACACUACCUACCCACCCCAUGACACACUUCACACGGUUCCCCAGAGAGAGGGUGCCACUGGGACCACAGCUGGGGAAUGAAGCUGAGCAGCAGAUGCCAGGACUACAGGAGAGAAUGACUGCUACCAGGACACCUCACAUCACACACACACACGGGACUAUCCCAAUAGCAUAGCCAGCCCCACACUGGGCCCCUUCCAUGCUGGUUUUCAUCCAGGCAGUCCUCAUGGGAUGACCUUGUCAUGGUUUCCAGGACAUGGAAGGGGCAGCUGACCCAGGGUGAGAGAGCUGGAGGGGUCACGUGCAGACAAUGAACAAAACCUACAC